AUCCAUCAGUGGCGGCAACUGAGAUAAGGCAUGAUGAGCCACCCUCUCGGACGCUGGCGGCGACGCAAGCAGUCCACCCCCAGCCAUCAUGGUGCCCGCCGGGAGAGUCUUCCCGCCGUUCCUGUUGCUGCUGCUGGCCUGGACCUUCCCCACGCGUGUCUACAGUCAGCAGGUCAAUGUGAGUCUUGUGUCGACAUAUUACGUGGAAGUAACCUGGGUCAAGACAUUACUGUGGCUGGGCGUUGAUGACUACAAUGUCAGUUUUACCGCAGAGAGCUCCAACGAAUGUACUAAGACCAUCCACUGCUCUGACAUCAUCUGCACCUUCAACAGUUUACCUUGUGGCGUGGUCAGCCCCUGCACUAACACCACCACCACAGUCGCCGGGGACACGUAUUCUGCGCCACCCCUCUCCGCCGUCACUGGUCCGGAGAAGGUCACCAACUUCGCCAUGAAUCUCGAGGAAGGAGUUGAGUAUAUCUCCUGGGUAAACCCCUCGACGGACUCCUCCCCUUGCUACACUGAAACUGCCGUCAGAGUGUCGUUCAAUGACGAAGACUCCAUCAGCUACUUCAAUCACAGCCAAGAGAGCACCAGCAAGGGCCUGUGUGCACCAGGUUACGGGACGGUGGAAGUGUGGACUCAAGGCGGCGACGGGCACAGCAACUCAUCCUGGGAACCCAUCAUAUACAGCGGGUCAGGAGUGGUUGAUGUGGUGACAUUUGAAACUUGCGAGCCAGUGGGAUGUACUAGCCUCCAGGUGGAGUGGUCCAACACCCCGGUGUGUCCCGACGUGGAGUACCUCUCAGUAGAGGUGGGUGACGUCAGGCAAAAUGUAUCCACCAACACCAGUAACCUGACUGUGACGGGCCUCGAAGUUGAAAAAAAGUAUUACACCUGCAUUUAUGCAAGGAAUAAAGACGGAAAUGUACUGCAGCAUUCCUGCAUGAGUUACUGUGAAACUCCAACUCAAGUGCCGGAGAACCUUACGGUCAAACCCCUCAGCACUUCUGCUCUUCAUUUCACCUGGGACCCUCCCGUGUGCCAGAAGCCCCCGGUCCUGUAUCAACUCGAUAUUGAUUACCAUUAUUACACUACAACGGAAACUGAAUAUAUAGUGGAUGGUUUGAGGUCGUUUUAUAGGUAUAUCGUAGAAGUGCAAGUAGGCCAAGGAUACCAUUAUAGCGACGAAAAGGCCACCAUGACCGCCUACACGUUGCCAAUCAGCCCGUCCCUGUAUGUUGAGUGGCGUGGUGAUAAAAUCUAUGCAUCUUGGAGUUUCUCUGCCUACAACCAUUGGGGUUUCACCUUUCGCUUCAAGGUCACGUGGGGCGAGUCCCUACAACACGAGGAGGAAACGCUCAAUUAUCAUCUCUGGAUCGAUGAAUUCAACAGCACGGAUGAGGUGUACCGGGUCUGUGUGGCUGUCUAUCCCAUAGGCAGAGAAGACCUGAUGAGCGACACUGACUGCGAAAACGUACCAGAAUCGGAAUCCGGACUCAGUGGCUGGGCGAUAACUCUGAUUGUGCUCGGGACGCUGGCUGUGAUUGCGGUUGGGGUGUUUUGUGCCGCAGUUCAUCAUAACAAAUCAAAGGCUCAACAACGACAACUACAACAGCAGCAACAGCAGCAAGACGUAUACACUCUCAAUCACGGGGUAACCAAUCCUGCUGCAAUCACAUAAGGGUACAUUUCCCAUGGUAGGCAGUUCUUCCUGUUGUGUCACACCCUGUCCACUGCUGCUGGUCGUGGCACAACUCCACAAGCAUGUUCAAGCACAACGUUCAACUUUUGUUUUCAGUUCAUUAUUAAAAACAAGAGACAAACGGAAUUGUAUCUCAAGUAGCAACUGCUCUCCUGUUAAACUGCAUUUGAUUUCAUGGUGUUUGUUGUACAAAUAAUUCAUAAUAAAAUUUUGCUGUAAAUUCA